GCCACCAAGGCCGAGCGCCUGGCGCACCAGGAGGUGCAGUGGCGGCUGGACAGGUUCAACAAGGCGAAGAAGCAUAUGGACGAGGCACAGAGCUUGCACUUGGAGGCGGUACAGGAGCUGGAGCAGGGGCUCGUGCUGCCGCGGAUGCUCGCGCUGCUGCUUCAGUGCCCCCCGCCGCUGGCGUCCUCGGUGCAGCACCCGCCACCGCCCCAGCGGGCGCUGCGGCCGCCUCUCGUGCCCCAGGCACUGGAGACGCGGCCGCCGCGGGAGCAGGUUGUGGACUACAUGUUCGUUGAGGCCAACCUGCACACCUUCUCCGAUGAUGACCUCGAGAAGCUGGUUGCCUCCUCGGCCAUCGGCCUCGAGCAGUGGCAGCAGUACCGUCUCCAUCUGCAGCGGAUGCGAGGCGUUGGCGAUGAAGAUAACCUUUCCGACCUGGGCAGUGAGGUUGCCGACAAUGACAUGGAGCCCCAGGAUCGCGACAGGUACCGUGACCUCAAGAGGCGUGCGGUGGAGCAGGGACUGGACGUGCAGGCGGCCCAGGAGUAUACCGACCUCCUCUCCAAUCGCAUCAUGGCGAAGGCGGGCAAGCGUGCCAGAGUGGUGUCCUCCGUCACGGCCGACAUGUACCGCAAUUUCUGUGAUGCCACGGCCAAGCAGAUGGGGGUUCCUCGUGCGGCCGCCGCCGUACCACCUGGACAUCUCCCUGAUGCUGCUCCCGCUGCGAAAGGCGCUGGGCGUGCUGCCGCCUCUGACGCCCGCUCGCAGCAGCCUCUUUAA